AUGGUCACCAAUCAUCAUUGUGGGGGCCACAUUGAUCCCCUAGGGUCAUUCUCCCCCUUCUCAGUAAAUGAGAACCCUGAGCAGUCACUCUGGCCCCAGGUUUUGCCAGACUGUCUAGGAGCCACGGGAAGUUCGAACAGCCCAACCUGGCUGCCUUCUCCUCAUACCCUGGAGGGGCAGCAGGAGGGAAUGAGGCGCCCAGAGCCAGAGUCAGUCUGUCUUUCAGAGCAAACUCCAGGGGACAGCACAGACCUGGACAUGCCACCUCAGCUGGGCACACUUGGCUCCUCUAGCUUCUUUGUCUUGAUUUUCUGCCUACUGUGCCCCAGCCCAGAUUCUCCUGUGCCCAUCUCAGGGGUCCCUAAGGAGCGCUGUCCCUAUUUCCCUGAGUUUAACAGCUCUUGGGGCAGCGGGGGCAGGUUAGGCAAGAUUCCCCCUCCGGCCCCUCCCAUCGCUCAGACAAAAUCAGCCACCCUGGGGCCUGGGCAGCACACACCCCGGGGACAAACAAGGCACCUCCACUGACUGCCAGAUCCCAGCUCCAUCACCAUGUCGUUUCUGAUGCCCACCCUGCUGCUGCUGGCGCUACUGGAUCUCAGGGCUGCAGAAUUCAACAUCUCUAGUCUCUCUGGCCUACUAUCCCCAGCCCUGGCAGAAAGCCUUCUAGUCGCCUUACCUCCCUGCCACCUCACAGGGGGCCAAGCCCAUCUGACUGUCAGAAGAAUCAAUGAAACCACAGGAAUGACACAUAACUUUACAGUACCCCCCUGCCGAGGGCAAAGGGACCUAGUGAGUGUCGUAUAUAACAGUGGCAGCUACGCCGUCACCCGACUCAGUGCCUACCAAGUCACCAACCUGAUACCUGGCACCAGCUACUAUGUCUCCUACAACGUGAAGAAAGGGAAUGCUUCAGAACUCAGUAACAGAGUGCAGAUGGCCACAUUGCCUCGCAGAAAAGUGGAGACCCUGGGGGUGGGCAUGGCCCGCUCCGGGGGCAUGAUAGUUAUCACUGUGCUGCUUUCUGUUGCCAUGUUCCUGCUGGUCGUGGGCUUCGUCGUUGCUCUGGCCCUUGGCGCUCGAAAAUGA